CUUAUUGGUCCCAUAUGGAUGUGUCUGUUCGGUAAAAUAAUUCCCCAAUGAUGCCAAUCUGAAACAUAGAAAGAAAUAGCAAAUACUCUGGGCAGCGUGCAGCCGUGUGGCCAGCAAGCCGAGAGAUAAAUCCGCCACCAAAUGCUGUGCACCUUAAUGCAGCAGUGCCACACUGAUCGCUUACGAAGCCAGGGCGUGUCAACGCUUGUCAUCUCCCUCCAACUGAAAAUCUGACUGUCCUCAGUCAGCUUCCGGCGCACGAGAGCCUCAACAGGACGAAUUUGAAAAGGGCGAUUCUAUGGAUGGAUUGAGGGUGUAGUGGGUGCAUGGGGGGAUCAGAGUCGGUCUUCACUUUUGCCUGGCAGCUCAGAAUCGCUUUCCUCGUCUUCUGGAUCGGCCAAGAUCGACUCCUCGAGCUCGCGUAACCGUUCUGUUGAGAUGUCCAGCAAGUCUUCGAGAGGUGGGAUUGGGAUCUUGAGUCGUGCAAAGUAUGGGAUGACUCGAAAUGCGGCAAUAGGGCGGUGGAAGACAGAGCCGUCAAGCUCAGAGAGAAUUGUUCCGCAUCAGGACCAGAUCGCCCCUCUGGAAGUCGUAAUUGCGUAUUGUAUGUGCGUGUUCUCGCUCGAAACGGAUCGCUUCCUGGAUGCGGGCUUCGAGGACAGCGGAAUGAAGGAACGACAGGUGUUCUCGUCGCUUCUGCAGCGCAAUUGCACGACAAGAGAUGAGUUCCGUGGUUGAUAGCACGGAUUCUGGGGCGGGAAGGAGGUAGGUGGCUUCGGAUAUGUCAAGUGGAAGUAGCGGGUGGGCUCCGGUGACCGCAAAGAAAGGUGAGCAGCCCAUGCGUCGUCGAAGCGUGACUCUGUCUGCCCAG